AGGUCCGGGGGCGCCCGCGUCCCCUCUGCCUGGGACACCUGACUGCGCUCAGAACGUGGCUUUUGGCGGGGGCGGGACCUGAGCUUGACCCCUCAGCUGGGAGUGGAGGAGGAGCGGGAUCGCUGAGGCCUUUUACUGAUUUGGAGAUGACACAUGGGGUCUCAGCAUUCCUCCUCUGCCCGCACAUUUUGUCAACGGAGGAAGGAUGACAACCUGGAGGACUUGGAGGCUGAGAGAGAGCAGGAGGAAGCCAUCGCUCAGUUCCCCUAUGUGGAAUUCACUGGGAGAAAUAGUAUCACCUGUCACACCUGCCAAGGAGCGGGCUACGUCCCAGCAGAGCAACUCAAUGAAUUGGUGGCUUUGAUCCCCCACAGUGACCAGAGGCUGCGACCCCAGAGAACUAAACAGUAUGUCCUCCUGUCAGUCCUGCUCUGUCUCCUGGCAUCUGGCUUGGUGUUUUUCUUCCUGUUUCCACAUUCAGUCCUCGUGGAUGAUAAUGGCAUCAAAGUGGUGAAAGUCACAUUUAAUAAACAGGACUCCCUUGUAAUGCUUGAUGUCAUGGCCACCCUGAAAAUCAGGAACUCCAACUUCUAUCCUGUGGCAGUGACCAACCUGUUCAGCCAGGUUCAGUACAUGAAAGCUGUGGUUGGCACAUACAUGACCACUAACGUCUCACUCAUUCCCCCUCGGAGUGAGCAUCUGGUGAAUUUUACGGUGAAGGCUAAGCUUCAUCUGCACGGUACCUGCCAUCCUGGUGCACAACAUCGUGAUCUUCAUGAGGACUUCUGUGAAGAUUUCAUACAUUGGCCACAUGUCCCAGAGCACCUUGGAGACACAACACUAUGUGGAUUGUGGGGCGAAUUCCACAGCUGUUUAGAGCCUGCCUUUAGUUCUCCACUGGCUGUACCUGUAGAAGGAAGCUAACAUCUGCCCCCACAGCCCAGCAUCCGUGCUGACCCUGCAUGGUAUAAGCAGAGGAGGAAGUGGUUCUCUUAACCCACAGAAAGCAUCCUUCGCACUUAUGGGAAAGCUGUCUUCUCAGCACCUUGUGUUUUUCUUGGAACCAGCAAAAUCACUGCCCAGUGCCUAGUCUGUGCCUAGCAAAUAGUUAGCACUCAAUUACAGUUUGAGGAAUUGAAUUCAGAUACUUCGGCUGUUGUUGAGAUGAACCAGGGUUCUAGCUUUUCAGACCAGAGUGACAUGAAGGGAGGAUGCUGGUGAUCUGCACCAGAAGGGAGGAUCUGCACCAGAGUGCAGAUGUGCGGGUGCUGCAGUCAUGUGCACAGAAGCACCAGCAAGAGGGGCGUCCAGAGGACCUUCAAGGAGCCCCUCAGUGACUGCAUUUGUUUCCAUCCCUUCCUAAUUCCCAGGGGCUUUGCAGAAAGAUUUGUUUUUUCUUUUGCCCUUACAAAGUUAUUACAUCCCUCCCUCCCCCAGUCUACUGUAGGGCUUGAUAAACCUUUGAUCCACUGGCUGGACAUGGAUUGGGGAUUUGAUAGAAAAAUAAACCAUGUUUUUGAUUGA